GAUAUACAUGGUCAGGGAACGUUUCCCUCCCUGCCUCGAUGUUUCCACCGAGGUGCACAAGGAAUAAUCCUGGUUUAUGAUGUUACAUCAAGACAAACUUUUUCCAGUUUGGAAGCAUUGCUGAAUGAUGUGGAGACAUACUCCACCCUGGCAAAUGUAGCCAAAGUGAUCAUUGGCAACAAAAUUGAUGAGGAAAGCCAAGUCGUUAUACAGGAGGAAGCACUGAUGUUUGCUAGGAAGCACUCUACGCUUUUCUUUGAAGCCAGUGCAAAAACAGGUGAAGGCGUUCAAUGUGCCUUUGAAGAACUUGUGCGGAAGAUUAUUCAGACUCCUAGCCUCUGA